AUGUAUUUCCUUGUUGCAGGAGCCACAAAGGAGAUCGGCACAGCGCUGACGCGCGUUUGCCUACGUCAUCGAGCGAUUGAAACCAGAAUGAAAACUUUUAUAGGCGUUCUGAUGGACACUUUAGUGACACCUCUAGCGGAGCGUGCUGACGAGUGGAGGCGUGGUGCGUGCGCGCCAGGCGCGCUCAGCCGCGAGCACGCGCGUGAAUGCAAACGCGCUCGGGCCGAGUUACGCCGCAGAGUCACUGAAGCACAACGACACGCGAGGAAGGCGAGAAGAGCGCCACCUGAUGCUAAGAGAAAGAAUGAAGUUUGUUUGCAGGACAUACAAGAACGCAAACAGCAGCUCGAGGAAAUGGAGGAAAAAGCGGUGAAGGCCGCGUUGAUUGAAGAACGUAGCCGAUUCUGCCACUUCGUCUCACUGCUUAAUCCAGUUGUGGAGUCCGAAGUGGCAAUGCUAGCCGAAGUUGGCCAUUUACAAGAGGGCAGUGAGCAACUCAUCAGACACACUGCAGAGCCCAGGACUUUACCCGCCGCCAGUUUACAGGUGAUUUGCGAUAUCAAGUCCUGCUACAGUGGUUGGGCGGAGAGUGGCUCAGCUCCGCACUCUCCAUCGGCCUCGUCACGACUCGGCAGCCGCAAGUCUUCUCUCACCUCCAUCUCCUCGCUCAACAGCCAGUGCUCCGACCACCAGCACGGUAUAUCUGGUUCCACAGUGAGCUGUUCCACUCCGAUAUCCAACGCUUCAUCAGCUGGCACCAUCCCGGCCCCCAGCGAGUCACAGCACUGUAUCUCUCAGUCCGCGUUCCGGUUGGCAAGCGUAUGCAGCGCUGACUCCGGAUUUCGCUCACAAGAUACACUACAACGACGCUCGCUCUACGUUGACAAUGGUUCCGACAAUCAGAGCGUAAGCAGCGAAUGUAUGACUCAGACGAAGAGUAAUAUCGAAGAUGAUCAUGCCGAUGACAGCCAUGACGUCAUUGGCAACGCAGCAUCGGCUACAUGGCCGGACCUAAAGGACACAGCUCAGUUUGAGAGGGCAGCAUCCGCUAUCAUGGGUGGUAGGCCACACACUAUUUCAGCUGCGUACGAGCGAGGCCACCCUCGGCCUGCCCUCAGCGUGCACACUUUCACUCACUCCGAACAGGAAAUGUCGCAGCAGAGGGACGGUGGAGGGAUAUACGCCAGACCUCCUUUGCCUACUCGAUGCUCAUCCCUCGAGCGGCCGACUGUCCCGAGCAAGUCCGGCAACGCCAACACCUGCCAGCAAGAGUUCAAACCGACCAAACCUUCGUCAUUGCCGCCACAUCUUACUAAAGAAAUGCCACAAGCUUUAUACGUGAAUAUGUCGGAGCUGGCAACACUGGCCGCUUCGCGUGCUCAGCAACACAACGUCGAACAUCCACAACAAGAAAAGGUAAGCCUAGCUGUAGGAAGAGGGGGAAAGCAAUGUUUAAAAAAGAGUUUAGUAGAAAUAACAUCUAUUCUAUCAAUAAUCAUCAUCUUCUAUCAAACUGAAUUAUUUUGUGCCAAGGUGAUGUCUCCAAAAUAA